GGGAAUAAGGGAAAGUCCCUCCUACAGUCAGGGCACAGUGAUGAUGUUCUUCUUGAAUCACUUCAGGCAACGUAUGUAGUCUAUACUACGGGCCUGCCUCGCCUCCGGUUGCACGCGCCGUGCAUGGACAGGCUCGGGACUGUCGGUGCUCAUGCAGUCAGCUGAGCCCGAGCCAUCUGCACCGGGUGCGUUUCGGUAUAACGCUAUUGUUAGAUUGGUCGGUUGUAGUUGGCUAGUAAUGGAGCGUGCUGCACGAGCUUUCGCCUCGGUAUUCGGUAGGCCUACUAGUCAACUACUGAACAAAAGCGCGCAAGGCGUUACGGUGGGAUAUGAUGUGAUGUGAUGCCGCGCAGGAUCACGGCGACAGUAGCGGAGGAACGGGAAUGCGCGCGACUACGGACGAGAAUCGCUGCUAGGAUACAGAAGAGAACAUGGGGACGGGGCCGCGCGAUGACUGACUGACUUUCUCCCCGUAACGACCAUCUCUGCAUACCGAGGGGUUCAAAAAAGGAAAUAAAAAAAGAACCGACCAGCCUCUCGUUGAAGGCGUGGAGGAUCUAUCGGAGAGGAUGAAUCCCGGGGACCCUGCCCAAACCGGACCCGGUGAAGCCGGUCAGGACGGGUUGGCUAAAGCAGGGGGUGCGCAGGGGGAGGGGGUGAGAGCGGUGGAUGUGCUGACAGUUCUGAGGGAAAAAGUGGCUUUUGUUUCAGGGGGGAGGGACAAGAGAGGCGGGCCCAUCCUCACCUUCCCAGCGCGGACCAAUCAUGACCGAGUGAAACAGGAGGAUCUAAGCAGACUGGUCACCUAUCUGUCCACCGUACCCAGUGAUGACGUGCGUGCCAGGGGCUUCACGGUGGUCGUAGACAUGCGUGGUUCUAAGUGGGAGAGCGUCAAGCCGUUGCUACGGACACUCCAGGAGGGGUUCUCCGCCCACAUUCACACGGCCCUCAUCAUCAAACCAGACACCUUCUGGCAGAAACACAAGACCAACCUGGGCAGCGCCAAACUCACCUUUGAGACCAGUCUAGUGUCGGUGGAGGGCCUGUCCAAGCUGGUGGACCCGUCCCAGCUGACCUCUGACCUGUGCGGUUCUCUGGAGUAUGACCAUGUGGAGUGGACAGAGCUACGGCUGGGCCUGGAAGAGUUCUCAGGGGCUGCUGGGCAACUGCUGGCCCAGCUAGAGCAGCUGGAGGCUGGGCUGACCCGCGUAAGCGAGGCCCAGGGCGUGGAUGAGGCCCGCAAGCUGCUAGAGGAGCAUGGCCGACUACGUACCACCGUUGCCACGGCUCCCAUCGAUGCCAUCGACCGUGAGGGGCGGAGCUUGCUCCAGCGCAUGCGGCUUGGCCCCGCCCACAGCGGUGAAGCCCCUCGCGACGUGCCCAGCAGUAACCAAGGUUACGGAAGCUGGUUGUCGGGCGGGGCUGAUUUCCAGAGUGUAGCUCCGAAGGUGGCCGCCCUGCUGGAGAGGCUGCAGACUGCCAGGACACACCUGCAGCAGAGCUGGACCGAACGGAAAGCACACCUAGACCAGACCUUACAGCUGCAUCUAUACGAACAGGACGCUGCCAAGAUGUCCGAGUGGAUAGCCCACAGUAAGGAUCUGUUCCUGCAGAGUCAGACAGAGGUUGGCCUCAACCACCAGCAUGCCCUGGAACUACAGACCCAGCACCAGCACUUCACCAUCAACUCUAUGAACGGGAGUGUGAACGUGGACGGGGUGGUCUCCGUGGCGAUGCAGCUGUGUGAGGGGUGUCACUACGGAGCGGAGAGGAUCGCGUGUGUCUCGUCACGGCUACAGGAGGACUGGAAAGGGCUGACGUCAGUGCUGGAGGAACGCAGCAACACGCUGGUCAUGUCCACCGAACUCCACCAGGGGGCAGAACAGUUCCUGGGGCGUGUGGAGGGCUGGUGUGAGGCGUGUGCUGACGACUCGUUGCCGGCGGAGAUGGCGGAGCUGGAGGCGUCCAUACAACAACACCAGACGCUCUACGAGGAGAUAACAUCAGCCUACACACAGGUCAGUGAGAGUGGUAAAGCCCUAUUGGAAGUGCUUCAGCGUCCGGCGGAGCCUGACGAGUCUGGGUUACCAGCGGCAACCACUGACUUCACAGCCGCAACGCACGGCAUCAUGGGAGUUCUGCAUGAGGUCAUGCAGGGUCACCAGCAUGUUGAAGAGGCGUGGCAACACCGCAAGCUCCGCCUACACCAGCGUCUGCAGCUGUGUGUGUUCCAGCAGGACGUACGGCAGGUUCUGGACUGGGUGGAGCAGCAUGGAGAGGUGUUUCUCAAUAAGCACACCGGUGUGGGGAAGAGCCUCCACCGAGCACGAGCACUGCAGAAACGCCACGACGACUUCCAACAGGUGGCCCAGAACACCUAUACCAAUGCUGAGAAGCUGCUGGAGGCGGCAGGCCAGCUGGCCCAGUCAGGGGAGUGUGAGGAGGGAGAGAUCUACUCUGCUGCUGGGGACCUGGAGCUCCGCAUGCAGGCCUUCAUACAGAGAGUAGAGCAGAGGAAGCUACUGCUGGACCUCGCUGUCUCCUUUUACACACACACCAAAGAGCUGUCAGUGUGGAUGGAGGGUCUCCAGAGGCAGAUGGCGGGGGAGGUGUGUGUGUGUCCUGACUCAGUGGAGGCUCUACAGGCUCUUAUCAGCCAGCAGCAGCAGCAACAAGCCAACACACAGGACGCCUCGCUCUCUGUCAUCAGGGAGGGAGAGGACCUCAUUCUACAGCUCAGGCCCCAGGGCAGUUCAGUGGGCCAUGUGGAGUCAGUGCUGCAGUCGUUGGAGGAGGCCCAGGUCCAGCUGGAGGAGCUGUUCCACCAGAGGAAGAUCAGGCUGGACGUCUAUCUGCAGCUACGCAUACUACAGCAGUGUUCUCUGGAGGUGUCAGGGGAGAUGGAGGCAUGGAAGCAGGACCUCCAGAAGCAGGCCCAGGACAUCACCACAGAGAAGCUAACGCUAGCACAACCGCGGCUAGUGGAAGCUAACCAAGAGAAGCUAGCAUUAGCGCAACCGCGGCUAGUGGAUGCUAACCCAGAAGGGCUAACGUUAGCGCAGCAGCGCAUACACAGACACAUGGAGCGACGGCUAGCCAUGAACAACAUGACCUAUGAGGUCGUACAGCAGGGUCACGACCUUCAGCAAUACAUCACCGAAGUACAGUCCUCAGGUAUUCAGCUAACCGCUGAGGGGGAGACUGAUCUGUCCUCUCAGGUGGAGGGGCUCCAUCAGCUUCUACAGGACAAGCAGAAGGAGCUGCACCAGAUAGUCGAACACACACACACACACCUGGAGCAGGGCUUGCAGCUACGCCACCUACAGAGUCAGGUCAACCAGGUGCUGGGCUGGAUCAGUGAAGGAGAGGUGAUGUUGUCUUCCUGUAUGGUGAACUCCAGCUCUCUGUCCGAGGCUGAACAGCUACAGAGAGAACAUGAGCGCCUCCAACAGGCCAUAGAGUCUCUGCUUCAUGCUGACUCUCUCCAGAGGACCCACCAGGUGGCGCUGGCGCUGCAGCAGCGGGCAGAGCUGCUGGUGAGGGCGGGCCACUACGACCCAGAGGCAGUGAGGGCGUGUGCCCAGACGGUGGCGCUACACUGGCAGACCCUGAUGCUGCGGAUGGAGGACCGCCUCAAACUGGUCAACGCCUCCGCAGCCUUCUACCGGACCUCACAACAGGUAUGUGGUGUGUUGGAGAGCCUGGAACAGGAGUAUCGUAGGGACGAAGACUGGUGUGGUGGCGGAGAGAGGCAGGGGAGCAGGGGCCAGCCGGAGCACCUCAUUCCCCUCAUCAACAAACACAUGGAACAAAAAGAAGCCUUCCUCAAGGCAUGCACCCUGGCCAGACGCAACGCAGAGGUCUUCCUCAAGUACAUCCACCGCAACAGCGUUACUAUGGCAACCAUCUCCGGGCACAGUGCAGGCGCAGAGGUCACUGGUCACUCCCGUGUGCCUGAGCAGCAGGUCAAAGGUAUCCUCAGUGAGCUCCUGCAGAGGGAGAACAGGGUUCUACAUUUCUGGACUCUGAAGAAGCGUCGUCUGGACCAGUGUCAACAGUACCUGCUGUUCCAGAGCCACACCCAACAGGCGUUGGAUUGGCUGCAACAGAGUGGUGAGCACUACCUGUCCACUCACACAUCGCCAGGGGCAACCAGUGCAGAGACCCAGGACCUGCUGGCUCAACACAGGGAAUUCUGCAUCUCGGCUAAGCACACUCAGGAGAAGGUGCACCUGCUGAUUCAGCUGGCAGAGAGCAUGCUGGGUAAGGGCCACUCCCACAGGGUGGAGCUACGGAGGUGCGUGUCGACGGUGGACAAGCGCUACCGAGAGUUCUCCAUGCGCAUGGGCCAGUACCGGAACACACUGGAGACUGCACUGGGAGGCUGCACUCAGGACAAUAAGGACCUGGAGCUGGAGCUCAUCCCCAACAGCCUCUCUGACUCUGACCCCGAAGUGAACCUGAACGACCCUAACCACGAGGUCAGCGACGAGAAGAGGAGGACGGCCAGGAAGAAAGAGUAUAUCAUGUCAGAGCUUCUCCAGACAGAGAGGGUGUAUGUGAAGGAUCUGCAGGAGUGUAUUGAUACCUACCUGUGGGAGAUGACCAGUGGCUCUGAAGAGAUCCCCACCAGGAUCGCCAACAAGGAUGACGUUGUCUUUGGGAACAUCCAGGACAUUUAUGAGUUCCAUAACAGUAUUUUCCUGAAGGAGCUGGAGAACUACGAACAGCUACCUGAGGAUGUGGGUCACUGCUUCGUCACCUGGGCAGAUAAGUUCCACAUGUAUGUGACGUAUUGUAGAAAUAAACCAGACUCCAGCCUUCUGAUCCAGCAACAUGGGGCAGGCUUCUUUCAGGAGGUCCAGAGGAGACAUGGUCUUGCUAACUCCAUCUCCUCAGCGCUCAUCAAGCCAGUUCAGCGCAUCACCAAGUACCAGCUCCUUCUCAAGGAGUUGUUGGCGUGUUGUGAGGAGGGAAAAGGCGAGAUCAAGGAGGGUCUGGAUGUCAUGCUGAGUGUUCCAAAGCGAGCCAACGAUGCCAUGCAUGUUAGCAUGCUAGAGGGUCUGGAGGAGGGCUUGGAGGUGCAGGGAGAGCUGCUCCUGCAGGAUACCUUCCAGGUGUGGGAUCCUAAAUCCCUUAUCAGGAAAGGCCGGGAACGCCACCUGUUCCUGUUCGAGCUCUCGCUGGUCUUCAGUAAAGAGAUAAAGGACUCCUCCGGACGUAUCAAGUACCUCUACAAGAGCAGGCUGAGGACGUCAGAGUUGGGGGUGACAGAGCAUAUUGAGGGGGACCCCUGUAAGUUUGCUCUGUGGGUGGGCCGUACCCCCACCUCGGACAACAAGACCGUCCUCAAGGCCUCAUCUCUGGAGCUGAAGCAGGAGUGGGUACGUAGCGUGCGUCAGGUGAUCCAGGAGAGACGUGGCCAUCUGAGAGGAGCGCUGAGGGAGCCCAUCCCCCUCCCCAAGACCCCCGCCCCCACCCUGGUCCGCACACGCAGCAUCAACAGGAGAGACACCAAUGAGGAUGCAGACAGCCUGGGAGAUGCCAGCAGCCAGCCGGACACCGUCUCCAUUGCCUCCCGCACCUCUCAGAACACAGCAGACAGCGACAAGCUGUCCGGUGGCUGUGAGUUGACCGUGGUCCUGUUGGACUUCUCGGCGGGCGGGGCUGAGGAGCUGAGUGUUCGUUGUGGUCAGACCGUGGAGCUAGUGGAGCGGUCCAGUGAGCGAUCGGGCUGGUGUCUGGUCAGGACCACAGACCACACCCCCCCACAGGAGGGCCUGGUACCCAUGACUGCCCUCUGCCUUUCCCACUCCCACAGCACUGACAUGGACGGCUUGAUGCCUGCCACCACCGCUGGGAAAGAGCCCAGCCCUGUAGGUUCAGAGGUCAGAUCAGACUCUGUAGCGUCUCUCCAGUCCCAGACAUCCCUGGGCUCCGGUCCUGGCGGUGUGUCCGUCAGUUCCCCUGGCGGAGUGUCUAUUGGUUCUCCUGGUGUGAACGUGGGCUCCCCGGGGCCCAAGCGGAGUGGUUCUGGUACCGGGAACACGUUGAAGCGCUGGCUGACCAGCCCAGUGAGGAGACUGAGCCAGGGCAAAGCCGACAGCCAGGGGAAAAAACCUCCAUUACGCACCAGGAGACGAGACAACCGGCCCGAGCUAACCACGCCGCUCACCGCUAACACACACCUGAAGGGGAAGAGCCGUGAAGACUCUGUCCAGAGUGGAGGAGAGGAGGAGCUGGAGGAGGAUCCACACACGCCCCUCCCACCUCCCAUGGAGAUCAUUAAAGAUAGCAACAACCCUGAGGACUCAGAGGGCUCCAACCAGUCAGACACAGAGCAGAAGAACAAAGCCAUGAGAGGUCGCAUGUUUGUGGUUAAUGAAAUGGUGCAGACUGAGAAGGAUUAUGUGAAAGACCUUGGUGUCAUCGUGGAGGGGUUCAUGUCGAGGUUGGAGGUGAAAGGGAUUCCAGAGGACAUGAGGGGGAAGGACCUGAUAGUGUUUGGUAACAUCCAUCAGAUUUACGACUGGCACCAGGAGUUCUUCCUGGUUGAGUUGGAGAAAUGUUUGCAGGACCACGACCGACUGGCAGAGCUCUUCAUUAAACAUGAGAGGAGGCUGCACAUGUAUGUGGUCUACUGUCAGAAUAAGCCCAGGUCAGAGUUUGUCGUGGCGGAAUAUGAGACCUUCUUUGAGGAGGUGCAGAGAGAGAUCAGCUGUAGGAUGUCCAUCAGUGACUUUCUCAUCAAACCCAUCCAGAGAAUCACCAAGUACCAGCUACUGCUCAAGGAUUUUCUGAAGUACACUUCUAAAGCAGGGAUGCACUGUGAGGAGAUCGAGAGAGCGGUGGAUCUGAUGUCUCUGGUACCCAAACGCUGUAAUGACAUGAUGAACCUGGGACGCCUGCAGGGUUACGAGGGGAAGCUGACGAGCCAGGGCAAGCUGCUGCAGCAGGAGACCUUCUGUGUGUGGGAGCAGGACGGAGGAGUUCUUUCCCGCAGUAAAGACAGACGCGUCUUCCUCUUCGAGCAAAUCAUCAUCUUCAGUGAGCUGCUCCGUAAAGGGUCCUCCCCGCCUGGCUAUCAGUACAAGAAGAGCAUCAAGGUGAGCUACCUGGCCAUGCAGGAGUGUGUGGAGGGGGACCCCUGUAAGUUUGUUCUGUCAUCUCGGGGGUCCGCAGAGCGUUUCACCCUGCAGGCAGCCAGCCCCUCUGUCAAACAGCUGUGGGUCUCACACAUCACUGAGCUACUGGACACACAGAGCAACUUCCUGUCUGCUCUGCAGUCUCCUAUAGAGUACCAGAGGAAGGAGGGUGGGGGAACAAACCUCCUCACCCGACCCCCCUCGGGCUUCGGCCCCAAAGCAUCGGGCCGACCUCCCUCUGUGCCCCCCACCCCUAACGGACACAACACACACACACAGGCAGACGGCGAGGCACAGGACAACGAGCUGGUGCUGGUGAUCCAGGACUUCAGUGCGGUGCGUGAGGAUGAGAUCACGGUACUUCGCGGGGAACGGGUCCAGAUUCUGGCAUCCAACCAACAUGGCCAGUGUCUGGUCUACCGACCGGCCAACACGGAGUCUCCGCCUGCAGAGGGCUGGGUGCCGCGCAGCGUCCUGUUCAACCACUAACUACCAGUUAGAACCAGUCAGAACCAGUUUAGAACCAGAUAUAAACAGUUACAUAACCAGUUACGGCCCAGUUACACUUCACUGAUGCCAGUAAGACCCAGUACCAAUCACACACAUCUGUCAACCUCUUAGUUACUGGUCCCAAAUAGUUACACAUAGUUUAAACUAGUUACAUCAGUUACAUACAGUCAGCUGCCCCAGUUAAACCAAUCACACACACGUAGCAAACAUCCUCAACAACCGGUAGCAACCAUGAACACUAGUAACCAACUACUGGAGUUCCUCACACGGGUGAAAAGAGGCCAGAGAGCUGCAGGUCCAGACAGAGGGAUAUGAAGUGAAUGGACACACAGUAUGCCUAUGGAACAUCCCAACUGAUGAGGUCAAACUGAUGAGGCCAGUAAGGGCCGCUGCCAACUGAUGAGGUCACUAAUGGCUGCAGCCUAUGGAACAUCCCAACUGAUGAGGUCCAACUGAUGAGGCCAGUAAGGGCCGCUGCCAACUGAUGAGGUCACUAAUGGCUGCAGCCUAUGGAACAUCCCAACUGAUGAGGUCCAACUGAUGAGGCCAGUAAGGGCCGCUGCCAACUGAUGAGAUCACUAAUGGCUGCAGCCUAUGGAACAUCCCAACUGAUGAGGUCCAACUGAUGAGGCCAGUAAGGGCCGCUGCCAACUGAUGAGGUCACUAAUGGCUGCAGCCUAUGGAACAUCCCAACUGAUGAGGUCCAACUGAUGGGGACACUAAGGGCCGCUGCCAACUGAUGAGGUCACUAAGGGCUGCUGCCAACUGAUGAUGACACUAAGGGCUGCUGCCUUUGGAACACCCAAACUGAUGAGCCACUAAGGGCCGCUGCCAACUGAUGAGGUCACUAAGGGCUGCUGCCUUUGGAACAUCCACACUGAUGAUGUCACUAAGGGCUGCUGCCUUUGGAACAUGCCAACUGAUGAGGUCACUAAGGGCUGUUGCCUUUGGAACAUCCAAACUGAUGAGGCCUCUAAGUGCUUCUGCCUCAGUCAUUCCGGAACUCUGGGAUUCUAGAAUAAAACAAGACUGAGAACAGCUGUCAGAGACUCUCCCACCUCAUUAAGGAACCAGACUCAAGUGGAGGGUCAAAGGUAAAAUAUAUCUGCUGGAGACAAGCAAGAAAUGACGUUGUAAUAAUGGUUGUUUUUACAUAUCGGUGAAAAAACAUAGUGUCAGCACGUGAUGUUUCUGCUUUCAUGGCGUGGGGGUCAAAAUAAAUGGACUGAACCCUCACCCACCCACCCCAACCCAUGACCCCGGUGAGGUGACAUAAUUUCCUGUUUGUUAAUAUGUGUAAAAGAAAGCGAAAGUCUCACCACAUAAAUAGAGCUCUGAGCGCAUUAUGAAGUAUAUAUAGUUCUUAUAUGAUUCAUAUAUUCUGUUUUUCACCUGAAUAGAAAACAGAGAGAAGAGAAGUAUUGUCACGUUAACGUCUGUAUGAGUGCUUGCAUGUAUGGUGUGUGUGUGUGUGUGUGUGUGUGUGUGUGUGUGUGUGUGUGUGUGUGUGUGUGUGUGUGUGUGUGUGUGUGUGUGUGUGUGUGUGUGUGUGUGUGUGUGUGUGUGUGUGUGUGUGUGUGUGUGUGUGUGUGCGUGCGUGCGCGCGCGUGCGUGUUGGUUGUCCUUUGGGUUCUGUUUGUAUUGAAUAGAAACCCCUGUGUUCUCUGUGUUUUUUCACUGAUCAAUCCCUGUGUCCCUUUGAUGUGGUUUCCUGUUCCUGUAGAGCUGCUGUUGGGCAGUAUGAAGGCCUCUAGAGUGUGCAUCCUCAUACUUUUAAAUGUCACCCAGAGUUUGAACCGUAAUAUUAUGCAUUCUUUGUAAAAUAUGUAAAUAGUAUUUUACAGACAUGAUUUAACAGGACAACAGGGAGCUGGGGAACACGUCAGUUCAUCUCCUUCAUAUUAAACAGAAGCCUUGCCGCCAUAUUGGAUUUUCAGGUUUUAAUUAACUGCUGAACUAGUUAACCCUUCAACUCUCCCCUGCUCAGGGUAAAAGUUGCCCUUCAGCACAGAUCUAGGAUCAGGUUACUCUCUCCCCAAUCUGACCUUAACCGUGAGUAGAAACACUAAACUGACCCUAGGUCAGUGUCUGGGGGUAACUUCUAACCCCGGUUUGUAUCUGCAGUGGCAGCACUGCUGCCUAUAGCUUCAUACUACACAGGUUAUACAGGCUCUGGGCAAAACUCAAAAGACAUCAUAUUCCCCAUGUAGUGCACUACUUUUGCCUGAAGGAGUGCACUAUAUGGGGAGUAGGGUGUGAUUUGGGACCUAGCCCCUCUUAGCCAUACAGGUUAUUAUACAGUGAUGUGUACUUGCAAAAUGGCUGCUAUCUCACCUCUAUGAGUUCUGUAUGGUGGUUUGUAAUAAAGAGCAUUUUUCAUCUCUGAAAUGGAA